CCUGAGGAGGAGCCGCCACGUCCGGGAGAAGCCGGCGGCGGGCAGCCACCACAGUUAGCACGUGAGGCCGCGGGCGCCGAGGGGCCGGAGACCAGAUAAAGAAUAAGACUACCAAAGGAAAUAUGGAAGCUGAGACUUAUUUGGACAUACUCCUGGAGUACAUUAAGAAGCAACUAGACAAUGUUCCUGUUGUAAAGAUUGCUUUGCUCUCAAUUGUUUCGAUUUGUCAAGAAAACAGUAAUGCGAGUGUUUAUUUUCAAGAUAUUGGCGGUUUGAAGUUGGUACGUAAUCUUGCAAGGUCAGAUGCGCCCAACAUGUUAAAAGAAUUUGCCCUGCAUGCAUUAGGAGCUCUAGCCAAUUCUAAUGUUCUCUGUCAGCAAAGUCUCUGUACUCCUGAAUUGUUUGAUGAACUGAUGACGUUCAUAGUUGAUGAGAAGACCAGCGUGAAUUCGCAGACAGUAUCUAUCUCUGUUCUAUUGAACCUGGUUUCCAAGAACAGUGCCGGACAAAUGCUUUUGAGAGAAACAGGCUGUAUCCCUGUUCUGCAAAAGUUAUUCAGAGAAACUCUCACAAAAUCUGAAAUUGAUUUCUUCAAUGCAAGUUUGAAAGAGAAAUAUUUCCUGUGGAACGCUGUGUGCAAUACUCUGGCUGCAGCUGUCAAUAAUCCUCAAAAUAAGGAAAAUCAGACAAUUUGCUCUUCCAUCUUGCCGCAUGUACAGACUUUGUUAGAAGCACGUAUACAGGCUGAGAUAAUUCAUCCUCUUUGCCUAUUGAUUGGACUCACAGUGGCAGGAAACACACCGGUUAAGGAAUUCUUCAUAUCUAUGGGUGGAUUGGAUGUUUUGGCUGACAUUUUUACCAACCUGGCCGAAGAUUCACGUCAGAAUAUGCCUAGUGCUAAAAUGGCAGUAUCGGUGACGUGUGUCAUGGGUCUCUGCAUUGCCCAGAACCCUCCUGGUAGUAUAAUUCUAGCGAAGCAUCAAGUUGUGCCCAAACUUUUGAACUUCCUGUUUCUGGCGAAUCUGAAUUCUGACGAAAAAACGAGUGUUCUGGUUACCCUUAGGCGUUGCAUAGAGUCGUGUGAGCAAAAUCUGAUUCUCCUGCUCAAGAACAACGGCCUCAAACUUAUUAUAGACUCCUUUUCUGCAUCUCAUAAUGAAAUUGUAGGCAUCAUUGUUUCUGUUGUCCUGCAGAACUGUACGAUUUGGGCUGAGCAGUUCCUUGAUAAACUUCUUGCGUAUGUUUCAAAUGAGGUUUCUGAAAUGGAAAAUCAAGGAAGAGCUCUUGGCCACUUGAAGAAAACUAAAGAAACCUUGACUAAAGAACAGUUUAAAAGAGAAGAAGAUGAGGAACAAGGCCCUAAAACAGAAAGUGUGGUUGGAGAUUCCUUGCAGAAAGACAGUGACCAAGAAAAGGCUCUUCCAAAGCAAUGUUCUGAGUUAGGUGCUCAGAUUUACCACCCAUCUGCAAACGAUGAGCUAGAGAGUCAAUUAGAGAGUCCUGGAGGAGUUGUCACAGCUCCGGAAGACGAAAGGAGAGCACAGCAGCCACCAAAGGAAGAACAACACUAGAAUCCCUACGAAGGUGCAGAAGAAAAAGUAGCCUCCAUUUUGACUCCAGUAAAGAA